AUGGACGACUUCGACUUCUCGUUUAGCGGCUCCCUCCUCGACGCUAACACCACUCUGAGCGUCCUGACCAUCGAUGGGCAGGACGUGAAGCUUGCGAAUGGUCAGGUCAUCACUCUCCGCAAGAAGACCGCUACCACCAAGGCGGUGGAAGAAGAAUCCAUCGCCGGGUCGUUUAUGGAUAUCGACAAGAUAUUUGCCGAAGCCGAGCUUGCCAAUCGCAUUAAGAAUGCCGACAAAGACCUCGAGUUCUUCUCACCAGUGCCAAAGUCAACUACUCUGGAAAUAUGGACGGAAAAGUACCGACCCCAGAAAUUCCUCGAUUUGUGCAGCGCCGGUAACGACAAGGCCUACCGGCAAUUGUUUCGAUGGCUCAAGGAUUGGGACACUCCGGUAGAUCCCGCUGACCCACCAAAACACAAGAUCUUAUUAGUGUAUGGACCUCCAGGGAUGGGUAAGACUCUGGCAGUCCAUAUUUGCGCUCGCCAAUUGGGGUACCAUUUGGAGGAGCUUAACGCAGCCAACUCAUUGGAUCAGCUUCCACUGUCAUCGGCAACAAGCUUUGAUGACAAACGAGCUAAGACGCUGUCAGCUCUCCGCCUCCGCAUUUCUAACGCUCUUAGUGCCAACACCAUCGGGGCCCUGAACAAACCUACGUGUCUUGUAAUUGACGAGAUUGAUCUGGCUACAAACACCGUCGAUAUUGUCAAAGCCCUCAAUGACAUCAUUCGUGACGAUAUCCGUUCGAGUCGAACCUACGACAAUAAGGAUAAGAAGAAACGUCCCAAACGCUUGCUUCGACCGAUUAUUUGCAUUGCCAACGAGAUCUACCCUCAAGGUAGUCGGCACCUGGGGGCAGUGGCGGCGAUGGAGAGACUUAGACCGAUAUGUGACAUUGUUCAGUUGAAGAAACCGGUGAAGACAGGGAUCCACGCCAUUCGUGAUCACUUACAGUGGAUCGCCAAACAAGAAGGAAUCAAUUUGGACCAUAAGGGAGUGACGUCAGUAGUGGAUAUGUGUGAUGCCGAUAUUCGUGCCUGUAUUAACCACCUCCAGUUUGCCUCCAGGGCUGCCAAAUCACAUAGCAAUACCUAUAAGGACGGCCUGGUGUCAUGGACAGAGAUUGUUGACCUAUUAUUCAAGCAUAAUCCUAAAGUUCCCAAGGAUCAGACGUUUCAAAGUCUCUGCGAUACUUUCCUUGGAGAGUCGUCUAAGGCUGCUCCUCACAUUGAUCGGGUGAUGCGAGGAGUGUUCAAUCGAUAUUUGGACUACGAGGAUAACAACAUGGCCAAGCCUCUGGAGAUGGCGGACUGGUUCGCCCACUAUGAUAUCCUCAAUCUGAAGGGAGAUGCCACUCAAGGACUCGGGUACGGGUGCAUUCUGGCCCUUAAGACCUGGGCAACCUACCAAGACGUGACUCGACUGCGAUCAGCAGAACCAGUGGUGGCUAACGCCCGUCACAUGGAGUACGAACUGUUAGACACGAUGAGAAGCAACACCGCGGUGGCUGAGCUUAUAUGGAGUCGCUUACCGGUAAACCUUCAACGGGAACUUGGUCUGGUGUCACUGCAUGGGUUUUUGUCGGUGGUGAUCCCCCAUAUCUUUGAGCUUUUGCAUCCGCUGCUUUCGUCGAAAAUUAAGCUGAAUCUUCUGGACGAGGAGAAGCUGGCGUUGCUGCGGGUAGCCUCGUUCGUCAAGCAAAUGGAUUUACGCAUGGAAACCACCAAGGACCACACUACCGGUCUCCUGUCAUUAGCAUUUAACCCCAGUUUGGACUCAUUUAUUGACUACCGCUCGGAAUGGGCGACUCAGCUGUGGCUGUUUGCUGAAAAGGGCAUUCAAAGAAAGCGGAUACAACUUUUCCCUUUGCUUUUAGCUGAGUUUGAUGCCCCCAAGCCCCAGCAGAAACGACCACUUACACCUACUGAAAAUGGCGGCGAGGCAGCUCCCAAACGAGCGAAAACCACGAUGGAUUUCUUUAAGCAGCAGUAUGACGAUGUCAACACACAGAAGGAAUCCUCGCCAGUGGCAGCAGCAGCUGCAGCACCUACUGAACGUAUUUGGGUCAAAUAUAAUGAAGGGUUCCUGAACGCUGUUCGCAAGACCAUCCACUGGCAGGAUCUCUGGCGAGCCUAA